ACAGCAAUGAUGGUUUUAUGUUGAAGUGAAACAAACCCUAAAACAUGUGGACUGAUGAAAGUAAAGACAGAUUCGGCGAUCUGCCAGAUUCGGCUGUGUUUGACAUCCUCUCCUAUCUGAAAACCAAAGAGGCCGUCCAAACUUGCAUACUCUCCAAAAGAUGGAACAAUCUCACAAACAAUCUUCCAAUCAUAACUUUAGAUUGUGACCAGUUCAAAUCUCUGGACAGUUUCGAGAGAGCAUUAUCUCAAAUUCUAUCUGUUCGCAACGAGUUCGACGACGUCCUCGACACUCUAGAUUUGGCCCUCACCGAAUUUGAUUCCUAUGAUGAUUUCCCUCAGUCGACCGACGAAGUCUUCAAACGCAUGGUAAGGUAUGCCCUUUCACAUAGUGUCCGGCGAUUACGAUACCCUAUCACCUCUCAUAUUAAUCCAUUCCCACCUGUAUUUUCAUCUCAGACUUUAACCUCUCUUGACCUUUCUGUUCCCGGUCGUUUUCUACAACCCACUGUAGUAAUUUUAUUUCCGACUCAUUUGAAUUUGCCAUCAUUAACCAACUUGACUUUAACAUCUUUUGGAUUUGGCCCUGACGACGACGGUUGUGCUGACCCCUUCGCUGCCUUUAACAAGUUAAAUACUUUGACCAUUAUAUAUUGCGGUGUUGUUAAUUCACCAUUUCGAGGAGGAAUCUAUAGGGGGGUUGAUUAUAAUCGGUCAUUAAAACUCCGCAUAUCUCCACCCAGUCUUUGUACCUUUGCUUUUACCGGUAAUAUAAGUCUAGAACUAUGUCUCACCCAUCCUUGUUCUCUUAAACACCUACACAUUGAUGCUGAAGGCUUUGAUGAUUCCUCUCUCGUCCAAGACUAUUCUGCACUCCUACUCACCUGGUUGCAAGGCUUUCCUAAUAUCACAUCAUUGACACUCUCUUCUAAUACUCUGCAGCUUCUAUCUCUUGUUCCCGGUUUAUUCAAGGUUAAACUUACUUCCUUGUAUAACUUGGAGUCACUCCAAGUACAAAUGAAACCGCUGUCAUCCCAAUUGUACACUAUUUUGUGUUGCGGUGAGUUCAUGAUACCAGGCGUGGAGCUCUAUCAAGCUACAAUCGUACCUGAUGGAGUAGUUGACUGUUUGAUUCAAAACUCACCCUCAGCAAAUGUUACCUUCAUACCAUAUAAUAAGAUCCAAGAUCCAAGAGAAGUUAAAAUGAAAGAUCCUCGUAGGAGACGCCGACGCCGCGGUCGAAAAGCUAAACAAAUUUGAUAUGCUAAAGAAGAGACCAAAAGUAAAUGGAGGCCCUAUAACAAGAAAUAUGUGGCUUUGUGGAGCAACUGAAAUGCAAGAAUGGUAACUAUGCUUGAUAAAUAUAUGGCUUUGUUGGAAUCAAAAGUGUAAUCUCAUUACCAAACCAAACGUCCAUCGUCCUAAAUAACAAAUAAUGUACAUAUUGAGGAAAUGGGUAGGACAAAUGAGAAUAGUCUUCCCCAACAUUCUAAUUUACUUAUUUUACUCUCAACUUGUAUCAUUUUGCUAUACUCUAUACAGUUAAUUUGGCUUUU